AUGGCGUCGGCCAUCGGUUUCUCGUCAGGGCUCUCCCGGACGGUCACUCGUUCGGCACCCCGUUUCCCUCAAUUCAUCUCGCUCGCUGCACCCUCAUGCCAAUGCCGGCCAUUCUCUCAGAGCCUGGCUCCCCGCGCCAAGGGAAUCGCUCAGACGGUGACAAUGAGGCCGCCAGAAUCGCCAAGCACGCGGAGUCGGACCAGAGACAUUCCUAGGGAAAGUCUGCCUCAAGAUAUCGGCCUCCUCCCGGGGACGUUCAUCCGGCCGUUGUGGCGGGACAUGCCUUCGAUCUUCCAUCAGCCGCGGGAGCGAUUGCGCAUGGAGUGGCUGUCGUUGAAGAUGUGGGCUCAAAAUCUCAUGGGGGUUCUUGCGUAUAGCAAAUAUUUCAACAAGGGGCUACCACUCCGUUUCAGAGAGAGAAGAAAGGUGGCCCGUGAGCUCCACCAGAAGAUGUACACCGCGUUCGCAGCGGGUGAUGUCCAUACCUUGCGAAAGAUCUGCUGUACCGGCCUGGCCAACAGCCUCAGCGCUCGCAUUGCCAAGCGCCCCAGCAACGAGAGAGUCACCUGGUCGCUCGACAAAUACAUCCGGUCGCCAUCGACGUUCUUUACAGGCGUUCGGGUCGUGUCUGACCGUGCGACGCAGAUCCCCGAGAUGCCCAAGUCCGGUAUCCGACAGGUGGUGGUGCGGAUAACCAGCCGUCAAUCGACGGGCACGGUUCCCGUGACUCUCAAGCGCGGGAGCAAGGAAGCUGAGCCUACGGGGCCGCCGAAGGUCAAGGAGCAGGACUGCACCGAGUACAUCGUCCUGCAGCGGAUCAUGUGGAUGGGGGAAGAGGAGGAGUGGCGGAUUUGGGGACACGCGACGCCGACGAAGGUGGAGGAGCUGGACAACCCGUGGUUUGCCCCGGGACUGACCUUGUCGGAACGGCUGAAGUUGAUGACAGAGACUCUGGGGAAGAAGUGGUGA